UAUUGCGCACGAGCUCAGUCAUCAGAAACCUCUGGAGCCGGUGCGCAUAUGACAACCACCCGUCUAGGAAUUAGCCUGCUUUCACGCCUCAAAUUUAUUGCACCCGUAUUUUAGACUCGUAUGCUGUAAGAAAAUGUAAGUCUGUUUGCGCCAGACGCAAUGAUAAUGCCAUGGAAAAAUUUUCUUCGACUGCGGGUUCUUUAGUGGAGAGUGGAGAACGGAAAACGGACCGGCAGCGUAGCCUCUCUCCUCAGUGAUGUUACAGUGUGAUUUAUUUGUUGGUUGUUUGUAACGUUUCGCAAGAGUGACUGGGAGUCCGAUGAGUACCUGAACCUCCUCCAGAUGUCUUCUCUCCUCUGGUCAGGUGCGCGUUUGAGGGACGCACCAUAAUUUUGCUAUUUUGGCUGUUUUGCGCUGGCUCCAGCGCUUUGGGCACGUUUUGGACUAUCAGAGACAUGGGCGCGGGGGGUCCUACCCUUAACCUGCGGAACUUGGCAGGACUUCUUUUUCUUCUGCAGCUGGUGAGCGCGCUGGACGUCCGAGAGCUUCGUCCACCAGAGUCUACGCCAGGACAGAGCCCUGAGGACGCACAGUCUCUGCUGGAGUCCUUAGCGCUACCUCCUAACACAGAGUAUGAGCUGGUGGCUCCGUUUGAAGUGGACCACGAGGGGCGGUACAUCUCGCAUGCCGUGGCGCAUCAUCAACGGCACCGGCGCUCUCUGGACCUUGGCAAGACAGCCGGUACCCCUGACCUGGUCCACUUCAGGCUCAGCGGGCUGGGCCAGAACUUCCAUUUGGAGCUGAGGUGGUCCAACGGGCUCAUUGCCCCUGGAUUCAAGGUCCAGCGACUGAACCACAAUGCAACGGUCAGCCUGCAUGAGUACAGCCCACAUGACCUCUGCUUUUAUCAAGGCACACUCAGGUCAGAGGUCAACUCCUCAGUGGCUCUGUCGACAUGUGGGGGAAUGUCAGGCCUCAUUCGCACUCAGGAGGCCGACUACCUGCUCAGGCCAGUGCCUCCUCACCUGGCGGCGAGAGCCAACUACAGCGGCCCGCCAGACCACCAGCCCCACGUCCUCUACAAACGCUCCGUCGACCGCCCGCACAGGAACCGCCGUCACCAAGACCACAGGCUCCACCCAGAUCACCCUGACGACACACGUGGUCAGGGCCAGAAGCAGCACUUCUGUGGGAGGCGGAAGAAAUAUAUGCCCAAGCCCCCACCGGAUGACAUCCGCAUCCUUCCUGAUGAGUACCCACUCUUGCCCAGGAGCAAGCGGGCUGCGCCGCUCCAUGGCACCCCUAGUGGCCAGAAGCUGAAUGUCGAGACCCUGGUGGUGGUGGAUAGAAAAAUGAUGGAGAAUCAUGGCCAUGAGAAUGUCACCACCUACGUUUUGACCGUGCUCAACAUGGUGUCCACUCUGUUCAAGGAUGGUACCAUUGGUGGCGACAUCAACAUUGUCAUUGUGGGACUCAUUCUACUGGAAGAGGACCAGGAUGGUCUGUCUAUCAGUCACCAUGCUGACCACACGCUGAAUAGUUUCUGCCAGUGGCAGGCUGGCCUGUCCGGGCCAGAUGGGCAACGCCAUGACCACGCCAUCCUGCUCACCGGGCUGGACAUCUGUUCCUGGAAGAACGAGCCCUGCGACACUUUGGGUUUUGCUCCUAUCAGUGGCAUGUGCAGUAAGUACCGCAGCUGCACCAUCAAUGAGGACACAGGGCUGGGCCUUGCUUUCACCAUUGCUCAUGAGUCUGGACACAACUUUGGCAUGGUGCAUGAUGGAGAGGGCAAUGUGUGUAAGAAGUCUGUGGGCAACAUCAUGUCUCCCACACUGGCUGGCCACAACGGUGUGUUCUCCUGGUCCGCCUGCAGCCGCCAGUAUCUCAGCCGUUUCCUCAGCACCACCCAGGCCACAUGUCUGUCAGACGAGCCGCAGUCUGUGGGGGAGUACGAAUACCCUCGCCAGCUUCCAGGAGAGCUCUACGACACCGACACCCAGUGCAAGUGGCAGUUUGGGGAGAAGGCCAAACUCUGCACCUUGAACUUUAAGAAGGACAUCUGUAAGGCCCUGUGGUGUCACCGUGUGGGGAGGAAGUGUGAGACCAAGUUCUUACCCGCCGCCGAGGGCUCUGUCUGUGGUCCUGACAUGUGGUGCCGGCGGGGGCAGUGUGUGAAGCAGGGCGACUCGGGUCCGGUUCCGGUCCACGGUGAAUGGUCAGCCUGGUCUGGGUGGUCCAGCUGCUCCCGGACCUGUGAGAGUGGAGUGACCUACAGAGAGAGACACUGCAACAGCCCCAAACCCAUGUAUGGGGGCCAGUUUUGUGAAGGCCUGUCCCGCUCCUACAAGCUGUGCAACACUAAAGACUGUCCCCCCGGAAACACGGACUUCAGAGCUGUGCAGUGUGCAGAGUUCAACAGUAAGCCCUUCAGAGGGUGGUACUACAAAUGGAGCCCCUAUACACAUGUGGAUGAUCGGGAUGCAUGUAAGCUGCACUGUCUGGCUGAAGGCUACGACUUCUUCUUCGCCCUGUCCAGCAAAGUGAAGGACGGGACGCCCUGUGCACCCGGCAGUCCCAAUGUCUGCAUCGACGGAGUGUGUGAGAGGGUCGGGUGUGACCGGGUCCUUGGGUCCCGGGCCAGACCUGAUGUGUGUGGUGUGUGUCAGGGAAAUAAUUCCACCUGCAAGGUCUACAGGGGCCAGUACAGCAAACAGCACCGGACUAACCAGUAUUACACAGUGGUGAGCAUCCCUGCUGGAGCUCGCAGCAUCCGUCUGCUGGAGCUCAACGCCUCCAGCUCCUACCUGGCCAUCAGGAACGUCCAGAAGAAAUACUACUUGAAUGGACGCUGGACCAUCGAUUGGCCAGGCAGACACAACAUUGCCGGCACUGUGUUUGACUACCGCAGACCCUACAACCGCCCAGAGAGCCUGACCGCUAGCGGGCCGACCAAUGAGACACUUCUCGUGGAGAUUCUGCUCCAGGGUCAUAACCCAGGGAUUCAGUGGGAGUACAGCCUGAACCAGAGCCAUGUGGAUCAACGCACGCCACCCAAACACAACUACACCUGGGCCAUCGUCCGCUCCACCUGCUCCACUACCUGCGCUGGAGGCACCAUGACCACUAAGAUAGCCUGUUAUAGGGACCUGCGUGUCCAGGUGAACACGUCGUUCUGCAACCCUCGCUCACGCCCCUCCUCUGGAACUGUGCCAUGCAACACUCAGCCCUGCCCCCCCAGCUGGUCUGUGGGGUCAUGGGGGGCGUGCAGCCGUACCUGUGGGGAGGCGGAGCAGAGCCGAGAGGUGGAGUGUGUGCAGAGGAGCGCCCCCGGACAGGUGGAGAAGAUACCGGACCUCAGCUGCCCUCAGCCGACCCCCCCGCGCAUCCAGAGCUGCCACAACCCCAGCUGCCCCCCACAGUGGAGCACUGGACCCUGGUCUCAGUGCUCCAGUGUGCGGCGCUGUGGUAAGGGACUGCGUCGGCGUCUGGUGGAGUGCCUUAGCAGUGUUGGCACAGGGACACGGGCACUGCCUGACCGCUCGUGUGAUGCCCACCUCAAACCUAGCAGUCAGGAGUCUUGCCAGCUGAGGCGAUGCCCACGACCGGCCAAGGGGCAGUGGGUCCUGUCCACUUGGCAACAGUGUUCGGUGACGUGUGGCGUAGGUGUGCAGAAACGACAGCUGAAGUGUGCGGAGAAGGACGCGGUGGGGAAGUACCAGGAGCUGGUGGCCAAGCGGUGCCAACACGCCUCCCAACCCUCGCUGGAGCUGCAGCGGGCAUGCGUCCAGCCUGAGUGCCCACGCCCAGUGGAGGCCAGCCCCAGCUGGUACACCGGCCCCUGGUCACAGUGCACCGUGUCCUGUGGUGGAGGGGUGCAGUCUCGGUCAGUGCAGUGUCUCCUAAGUGGCCGGCUUGUGUCAGGAUGCUCUGCUCACCUGAAACCCCCCAUGGCCCAAGCCUGUAAUGCCCAUUACUGUCCCCGGCCAGAGAAAAAAGAGAUGGUGUGCAAGGACUAUUUCAACUGGUGCUACCUGGUGCCCCAGCACGGUGUGUGCCACCACAAGUUCUACGGGCAUCAAUGCUGCCAGUCCUGCUCUCACCCCAACCUGUGAUGGGCAGGACGCAGGACACAGGAGAAAACGGAAGGAAGCAGAUCUCCCCACCGCAAGAGAGCAGAGACUACAGAUGUGCGUGUUUACAGUGGAGAGAGUUGGGGGAUGGAGCACUAGCCUGGAGGACUACCAGAGGCUGAGUGCUACUAAACGCUCUGAUGUUAACCCUGCACUGAAAUUAGACGAUCGAUAAGAUGGGGACAUAGACUUCAGGUGUCUUUAGAAGGUAGCCUGACUUUAGAGAGACUUGAAGGAACUGAGUGGUCAAAACACUUCUGGACUGAACCCUCCACGUCCAGACAGAGACUGCAGGAGCUGGCGUGAAAAGGAUGCACACCAGACUUGAAAGGAGAAAGUUAUAUGGCAAGCUCUCCUUUCCAGUGUUAAUCUCUAUGGUGCUUUAUAUGGCAAGCUCUCUGGUCCAGUUUUAAUCUCUAUGGUGCUUUACAGGAUCAGUGUUGUUACAAAGACACUUUACAGACCCCCAAGCCUAAGGCCCCCGAGACUAAGGCCCUCACACAGAGUCCAAAGGGUUCUGACCUACAACUGUUAUAUAUGAAAGUUGACCACACUCACACUUGAUUUGCAUUUUUCGUGUGUGUUUACCUCAAAAUAAAGAAAAAUACAUUUGUGUACAA